GAAUCUAUUCGACCCCCCUUGAAAAACCAAAAAAGUAGGAAGAGAUAAGUACUAUAUGUGGAGAUCAUUCGGGCAGGGAGCUGGCGGACCAAUGGGCGGAGGUGGCGGCGGCGGAGGGAUAAUGAAGACGUUUCACAAAGCCGUUUCGGCCGGCACCGGUGGCUGUGGCUCAUCCCAAGAAUCCUUUUCUCGCUGCGCCACCACACACUAUAGCAGCAACACCACCACCUCUCCCACAUCAAGACCCAGUUAUAAACCUUCCUCAUCUGAUUAUAAUUCCAAUACCUAUUCUUCCUCCUCCGCGAACCAGCUUAACAGGAACAGGGCCAACUCAAUAUCUCCGACGACCGGUGAGGAAUAUGAUGGUGUAAAUGGAUUUUAUGAUGAUUAUGUUUUUUGUACUGUUCCAUCCAUGGAUGAAGUUCAUGAUGCGGUCUCUUCUCUUCAACAGGUUAUCGAUCCUCCGGAGUUGGAAUGGAUUGAGCCCUCAAGAAGUAUGAUGCUACAGUCUCCUGGUUAUGAAAGUGUUUAUGAUGCUUUUCAUUUACUACAAACUGAGCCUUCUGUUAAGAGAAUGGUGAUUUCGUUGGCAUCUGAUAAUUCCGUUUGGGACGCUGUUAUGAACAAUGAGGUGGUUCGUGAGCUUAGAGAUUCAGUCUAUGAAGCCAACAAGAGUAUUCCAGGGGAGAUUGAAGGUUGUGAUGACUCAUUUCCAGUUUCUGGUAUUCUAAAUUGGAUCUUUAUCAACAUCAAGGCAAAAGCCAUGGAAAUAUUUGAGAAAAUCACGGAGAUGAUGAACAGCUUGUUCCAGUCUCCAAGAAACGACAAGAAGAAGGCCACAGAUGAAGAUGCAGCCAUGGAAGAAUCCUUUGAGAAAAAACUAACAAGUUCUUUCUUGCUUUCAGUUAUGGUACUUCUGAUUGUAGUUGUAAGCAGAGCCAACAAGUGAUAAGAUUGCCUGAUAGAGUAACGAUGUUUGUAUGAAUAAACUGAUGGUACUAAAUAACAAUAUUACCCUUUCAUUUCAACAAUUUUAUAACAAUAACCAUUAAAUCAGUUUGUCCAGAUUAAGUCACAAACCAACAACCAUGUAUAGUUGUCCCAUUAAGCCCUUAAUCAGUUAAGCUAUAUAAUAACUCCUUUUCACUCUACUAUAAAGGAUGAGCUUCCUACGUUUCAUAGACAGGUUCUAAUUGUUAGAGAUAUACAUUGGUACUCGAGUUGACAAAUUUACCAUAACGCCCUUCUGUAGCAUUUACUGCUUGGCAAUGUUGUCCAAGAUGGAAUCCAAAUCAGGAACUAUAACGGCUUGUUUAUCAACUUGUCCAACCACACAACAAUCCUUGCUUUUAACAUUCAUCAAUGCAACAUCUUGAGCACAUUCAUCAAGUACACCGGAUGAAACCUCGAAGAUGAUGUCACCAAGCUUGAGCUUGAUUGCUCCACUUUUGUAAACCAGCAACUUUCCUAUGUGUCCAUUUGGCAACUCAUUGAAACCUCCAGAAACAAAUUUGUUUGAAGCAUCUUCUUUCUCUUUGCCCUUUGUGGUAAUUGGAACUCGUUUUGAUUGCUUGUUAUCUAAGGGGAGUUUUUGAGGG